GCCAGGUUUUAUUUAUAACUCUUUUAUUUAUUAUUUUUUUUUAUGGCCCUUUUUUUUGUCUUUUUUUUCUUUAUUUAAAAUAAAAAAAAAAUAAUGACUACCGUCUUGACAGAAAUAUUGGAACAAGAACAAACCAGUUCAUCUUUACUACAACUUUCAACAAAUGAUAUACCACAAAAGAUACUGGAAUCAGAGACAGAAAUAAAAAACAGAAAGGAAAAAGGAAGCGGAGGUAAUUCUGUGUUUGAUGUUUUCCUUACAUCGAUCCUAUACGCUCUUCAUUUUACAUACAUUUCAUAUAUUGCUAUCAAAACACUACAUACAUAUCUUUACAACAUUUAUAUAUCUAUUCGAUUUAAUGAUCAAAAUAUCCAUCAACGCAUUCAACUUGAUAAAGCACAAUUGACAAAGAUACCUCAGCACCUCACUAUCAAUGUCUCUCGCGAAUUGUUGAGUACCAGAUCAUUAGAGGAUUGGGAACGAACAAUGUAUAAUAUAUCCUUCGCAACCUGUUGGGCUUGGGAAUUUGGUAUCAAGGAAGUGUCUGUGUAUGAUGCAUCAGGUUAGUGACUUUAUUUGUCCAUGAAAGCUGAACGGGAAAGGACUGACAGUAUGUUUUGAAAAAGGUGUAAUGAAGUCAAUGGCGAUUGACUUGUACAAACAGCAAUCCGCAAUGUUACAUCAGUGGAUAAAUAGAUCUUCGCUUGAAGAGAAAAAACGACCUGGUACGGUAUUAUAUAAUUGUUAUUGCUAUAAAAGAAG